AAGCCCCGAGCAGCCCGAGCAUCACCGAGUCUAUUUUCCCCCCUUUUUUUUUUUGCGCUGAUUUCUCCUCUUUUCCCCUCAGCCCCGGACCCUGAGGUGAUUUUAAAACCUCCCACCAAGAAGGGCACCCCGAGCUCGUGCAGCAGGAAGAAAAGAGCCGCGUUUAGCCCCGGGCAGGAGCCGAGUUCGCUCCGGUUGUCGCCGGCUGCCGCCUCCCCUCAGGGCCGGCGCCGCUCCUGGCGCCGCUCCAGCCUCAAGGGCCGCCGCUCCCUCCGCCGCUCGCUGCCGCCCGUGCACCGCGAGGUCACCGAGUUGAGCCAAUCCAUCAGCCUGGAGCUUCCUGAAGUUCAGCGUCUCUCCCUCCUCCUCCUCUCCAGCUUCCAGUUUUGUGCCCGGAAGUUGCAGCAGGACCUGGAAGGAUCCGAAGGAUUCGACCCCGAGGUUUUCUCCGCCAAAGUCCAAAAGGGCUCUGAGGAAUUCCAGAGGCUCCUCCAGAGGCUGCUCCAGGAUGGGACCCUGGGGAAUUGCCUGGAACCAACCCCAGGGGAUUGCCUGGAUCCAGCCCUGGAGGGAUCCGUGGCGCAGGUGAAGCUGCUCAUGGCCAGCCUCUCGGGGGAGCUCCAGGCCUGGGAUCGGCUCCUGCAGCAGCACCUGCAGCGCUCCCAGGAGGCCUCACGGUCUCUGCAGCAGCUCCGCUCUGGCCCCGCCCCCUUUGCCCCUCCCCCCCCUCUUCGCCCCUCCCCCCUCGCUGCCCCCAGACCCGACUACGGCUCCGUGCUGGCCCAGCAGCGCCCGGCCCUGCGCCAGCUCCGCCUCCUGGUGGACGAGGCGCAACAAGCCGGGAAAAUGCUGCUGGAAUUCCACCAGCAGAGCAGGAGCUUCCUCAGGGACCUCUCGGAGCAGCUGGCUUCCAGAACGUUCCAGAAGCUGCCAGGGUCCCCAGCCCGGAGGUUGCUGCAGAGGAGGCCCCAAAAGUCUCGGCCCGAGGAGGGCGAAUAAAAAAAAAAAAAA